UAAGCUUUGAAGAAAAAAAAUGAUGGGUUCCAAGGCAUUUUUAUUUCUUGGCAUUUUUUUGGCAAUCUUUUCAAUGAUAAGCUUUGAGGUUGUAGCUAGAGAGUUGGCUGAGACCCCAAUGAAAUCGGAUUAUAAGAAUGGUGUACACGAUGAUGGAUAUGGUGAUUAUAGCAACGCAUAUAAACCUCCACAUGGUGAAUAUAACAACGGAUAUAAAUAUCCUGGGUGGGGAUAUAACACUCCACGUGAUGGAUAUAAUCCUCCCAGUGAUGAAUAUAGGCCCCCACAUGGUGAAUAUAACAAUGGAUAUAAGUCUCCCGGUGGUGAAUAUAAACCUCCACAUGAUGAUUAUAACAACAGAUAUAAGCCUCCAAGUGGCGAAUAUAAGCCUUCAAGUGGCGAAUAUAAGCCCCCAUAUGGUGAAUAUAAUGGAUAUAAACAACAUGGUGAUGAAUAUAAAUUUCCUGGUAGUGAAUAUGAACCUCCACAUGAUGAAUAUAACAAUGGAUAUAAGCCUUCAAGUGGCGAAUAUAAGCCCCCACAUGGUGAAUAUAAUGGAUAUAAACAACAUGGUGAUGGCUAUAAAUCUCUUGGUGGUGAAUAUGAAUCUCCACAUGAAGAAUAUAACAAUGGAUAUAAGCCUCCAAGUGGUAGAUAUAAGCCUCCACAUGACGGAUACAACCCUUCAAGUGACAAACACAAUCCCCCACAUGACAAGUAUAAACCCCCGUUUGGCGAAUAUAACCCUCCAGGUGGAGGCCAUGAAUAA